UCGCGUUGUAGGUGAGCGGCCUCGUCGCGGUGGUUGCGGCUGUCCCGUUAGGGGACCUAGAAGGCACAGAAGAGGCUGUCCGCCAGUCGCGUGUCUCGGCUCGAUCCCGGACAUACUGGAACGGAUCCUCGCUCGACGAGGAUUAUCCGGUCGAUCGGAUCAGUCAGUGAUUCGGGACGAUCCUUCGGAUUUUCCUAGUCGACGUGCCGUUCGAGCGGAAUCCACGCUCCGCGCUCGCCCAGCUCGCACGUCGAUCUCUUCUCGCGUCUUCAUCGCCCCCCAUCUCCGUUUCUCUUUCCUCGUUUUUCUCCUCUCCCUCCUCCUCUCUCUCUCUCUCUCUGGUAGCAUCUUCCCCUUCCUUCUCUUCUCACACGAUCUAUCCUCCUCUUCAAAGUGCUCCUCGAACGGUAGACGUAGUAUUUCCUGGUGAUCUGUGAUGCGCACCACGAGCGGCAGGCUCUCGUGCUGAUGCGCAUGGGAACGUCGCUAGCUUCGUCGAAGUGAGGAUCUGAUGAAGGAUCCAGUCAUGGGCCGCACAGGAUACACGUGCAUCAGGCACGUAUUCUGUUCCCUCAACGUUUUGAUCUGGUUAUGUGCUUGCGGAAUUUUGGGUGCGGGCCUUUGGCUGCGACUGGCUUAUUCCGGAUACGCGACCUUGGUGCCGCAGUACAGCUUCGCAUCGGCGGACUCGCUGCUGCUCGCCGCGGGAUGCGUCACAUUCGUCAUCGCUUUCUUCGGAUGUUGCGGCGCGUGGUUCCAGUCAAGAUGCAUGCUGAUCACGUAUUUCAGCCUGGUGAUACUCAUGUUCCUCGCCGAGUUCAUGCUGGGCACCCUGGCGUUCGUGUUCAGGGAGCACCUCGCGCGAAGCCUCAAAGAGGAACUGCUGUACGGCAUUGAGAAGCAUUACAACAUCACCAGGGAGCCGGGAACGUUGCCCGCUGUGUGGGACCAUAUACACACAGAGUUUCACUGCUGUGGCGUGCGCGAUUACACGGAUUGGUUUCAAAUCGAAGCGUGGCCCGAGGAGGACCGGGUGCCGGAUUCCUGCUGCAUGCAGCGAGAGCGUUACUGCGGUCGCCUGGACCCGGAGGGUCGUAACAAGGAGCUCUGGUACAAGGAGGGCUGCGCCUCUGCCAUCCAGAUGUGGCUGGUGACCAGACUCCACGUGGUCGGCACGGUGGGCCUGGUCGUUGCGUUUCUCCAGCUGUUCGGCCAAGUGGCCAGCAUGAUACUCUUCUGCACGGUCAGGCACAAGAGGUCAUCACACACAUACAAGAGCUACGACACCACCAACACCUAGAAUCUCGAUCCGGUCUUGGACGAGACCACUGUCUGAGAUCGGUAAAUCAUCCUUCGACUCCCGCCGCGCGGGAACGACCACGACGAAAUCUUUUCGGGAUUCUCCUCGCGCGAUCUGUGUCCUCCCCCCCCCCCCCC